AUGACCCCAGGCAAGGAUACGGUCUUCAAGGAUACGGUCUUCAAGGAUACGGUCUUCAAGGCUGUUCAGGAGACCACACCCAGCAUCGCCAGCAGGGUAGGCAUCGUUGCCUACUAUGCAUUACUCUCGCGACUAGCAAUUUGGUUCAUCGCCGUUGUGUCGCAUGCCCUCAUUCAGGAUUAUGACUCGGCUUUGGAACUGGUGCUACCAGUCGAGACAAUAGCACAGCAGUUUUUCAAAGGCAUCUUCGGCGUGUUUCUCCGCUGGGAUUCAUUCUACUUUGUACAUAUCGCCGAGCAUGGAUACGUUUUUGAACAAGAGCACGCAUUCUUCCCUCUGCUUCCUGUACUGAUGCGGCUGGUCUCGAACACAGUUCUAGCUCCCCUGAGCUCCUUAUUCUCAUAUACACAGCAAUUGGUGCUGGCGGGCAUCCUCGUAUCCAAUGUGUCAUUCAUCGCUGCAUCAGUCCAGCUUUAUAGGCUGACGCAUACACUGUUUGGACAAGAGCGGUUUGCGUUUCUCACGGCUAUUCUCUAUAUUUUGACCCCCUCCGGGAUUUUCAUGUCCGCUAUCUAUACCGAGAGUCCGUUUGCAGCACUUUCGUUCACAGGAAUGCUCUUUGCAGCUCGCAGACAGUACCUUUUGGCGGCGGUCGUUUGGUCGAUCAGCUGUACUGCUCGCUCGAAUGGGGUCCUCUAUCCAGGGUUCUUCAUCUAUGAUCUGGUCGUGAGGAUGGAUCUCAAAGCGCCCAUGAUGAGCAAUAUCAAGGCGCUUCUCAAGACAACCGUACUUUGUCUGAUCAACUGGGCGGGCUUUCUUUCCGUACAGGGAUAUGGCUAUGCACUUUAUUGCUCGAACAAGACUUCUAUGCUAGAAGCAAGACCUUGGUGCGAGUCUACAGUGCCGUCCAUCUACACUUUCGUCCAGGAUUUUUACUGGAACGUCGGAUUUCUUCGCUAUUAUGAAAUGAAACAGAUUCCCAACUUUUUAAUGGCAGCACCGAUGAUUACACUUUCUGCAGCUGGUAUCUUUUGCUAUGCGUCUUACGACCUACAGCGGCUGUUCUCUCUUGGACGUUCAUCGAACAAAGCAUCGAAGGACCGACCAAUGCCUCCUUUCUUAAGCCUUGCGACCUUCCCUUAUAUUGUCCUGUGGACGGCCCUCCUCUUUUCCGCAAUCACGACGAUGCACAUCCAAAUCAUCACCCGGGCAUUCUCCUGUGUACCGCCCGUGUACUGGUUUGCAGCUCACCAAUUCGAAGAGGGUGCACCUGGCGCGGGCUGGAGCAAAUCUAUAACGACGUUCUUUGUGAUGUACGGGCUUAUCGGGAUCAUCCUGUUUGCCAAUUUUUUCCCCCCUGCAUAGAUUAUCCCUGGUGGUAGACUGGAUCCUUCUUACAAUAAGAAUAAUUGGCUCACCCGCCUGAACUUCUUCUAAAAGGGGACGGGCACUGUACACAAUACUAUGGAUGUUUGGGCUCAUGUUGAUGUAGUUUGCUUUCCUGAGUGAACAGGUUGCGAUCUUAAGUAGUUUUCCGGGUUGGUCGCAGCUCGUUAGCCCUCCCUCCCCCAAAAAAGAUUGGUGGCAAAAGAAAUCUUUUGGAGUUGCAACCUGCUGCUAAUUUUUUAUGUUCUGGUGAUGGAAGGAAUACUAAUCGUCAGGAGAGGUGGCGACGAGAGCAGGGGAGGGGUCCUUGUGGUGACGAAGAGGAGGCCGUGGGAGAAGGGCUAUCCAGGGAGCCUCGCGAGCUGAUUGAGGAGUCAGCACACUGUAGUUUUAGGUUUGUCAAUAACUGGGAUUGGCCAAUAAUGGCUGUGGAUGAUGUGCUCCUUUACCCUGCGCUUCCUC